GCCCUUUCACAGCAUUCCUGCUUCUCCAGCCCACAGUCUUGGGCCCUCUGUCUGCUCUGGAAGACUACUCUGUGCCACCAUGCACACUUGUGGCUGCUCCCUUGCACCCACAUGGACUCCUCGGGAAGGUGGAGCCCAGAACCCUGAUCCUGACUCUAUAAGAGACCCACACACACCUGCCAAAUCAGUCUCCUGGCCAUUCCUAAAACCUGGUCCCAGGACUGGAGAUUUCCUCCCAUCCAUAUCACUGAAAUCUCCAAGCUCUAGGUCCCAAACAGAAUGUGCUAAGAACCAAGGAAAGUGAAAACACAGUUUCCUCCAACUUAAACAAGCACCCUGGAGCCCCUCAACCUGCCUUGUUGAGAAUCCUGGGUGAAAUAUCCUUUUUACAUUGUGACAGAUCACCA